CGCGCGCACGUACACCCACACAUACAUACUCUCUUAUUAUACACAUCAGCAUGCAUAUAUAGAUAUAUAUGUACGUAAAAUAUAUAUAUGUACAUCGCCGGGCGGCGGAAGUGUUUUGCUCGGAUCUCCUCGUCGCGCGCGCACAGACUGCGCUACGCUAGGCGCUAUACGAGCCUCUACUUCGCCACCUCUCUCUCUCUCCUCUUCGCCUGCCGUCGCGACGCCGGGUACGGCCUACCAAGGAAGGCGAUCCGCGCUCGCCCGCGCUCCGUAGCGACUCGACUUGAAUCGAGACCGACUCCCCGACGCCGAUCUCCGCCAAGCUCCACCGUGCCGUCCCGCCCCGACGUGAUUCGCCCGGUUCGCCCGCCACACGACGGGUUAUGUUUCCAACUUUCAUCGGGAUCCUAGACAUUCAAUCGUGGUGGGAGGUGCCAAGUAUAGCACACUUUUGCUCAUUAUUUAGAGCUGCCUUCAAUCUUCUGGAUUUUGAUAUCGAGGACUUAGAAGAAGCUUUAUUAACUGACGGUGGUACCGAGGGACGACUGCUUCAGGAGCUAAUAGUGAAGUUGUUGGAAGGUUGUCUGCCAAAUGACACUCGCAAUGACAUCUCUACCUUUAAUUAUCAGAUGUUUUUGCGUAGACUCUUUCGGAAGAAGUGUCAAGAAUACAAAUGUGAAAACCCUUUCAAUACAGACGUAGACUUUGAGUUGUUGCCUCUUCGCCAGAAAGUAGAGAUACUACGUGCUCUCUGUGACUUCAGGCUCGACGCCGAAGACGUAGAGCAGUCGUUAAGUAAUUUGGACUCGGAUAGCUUGCGAGUCGAACCUUUGGGACAUGAUCGUAAGAAUUCUGCCUACUGGUACUUCUACGGCACUCGACUGUACAGGGAGGAUUACAUUGAUACUUCUAAUAGUGCCUCAUACAAGCAGAAAAGCAAGCCACGGGACAAAAAGCGUAAAAGACGACGGAACAGAGUGGCGAAGGAGGAACAGGAAGAGGAGGAGAAGGAGGAAGCUAGUUUAAUAGACAGCGAGAAGAAGGGACGAAAGAGCGUUUGGCAAGUUGUUUGUUUCACUCAACAGGACUGGAGCAGACUAGUUGAGAAAUUUCGUGACUCGGAAUACGACACCGAGCGCAAACUUUACCGUACGUUGUCCGAAGACUUCAUGCCGGAAAUACCAAAGUUGUUCGAUCUGAAGGAGAAACAGCAAAGGCGCAAACUAUUACAACGUAAUAGUUCACGAGUGCUUCGAAGCCAGGAACCUACCACACAGAUGGACGCAGUCAUGGUUAGGUCCAAGAUUAAAACUAAAACGACCAAAGGGACUAAAAAGGACGCGCAGAGCUCGAAAGCUGUUUUCACCAAGGAAGAUACGUCGCCGCCGGUACCAGCUCCGCCGGUUCAGAAGAAAGGACGGCAAACGAACAAUUCCUUAGCCUCGGCCGUUGGUCAGAUAGUGAUUCACACCAGGGACGAGGUGCAGGAUCUGGAGAAGAAGAAGGGUAUCGGCAAUCAUGGCGAUGGUAAUUACGUGUCCUGCAAUUACGGGUACAAGUUUGGCUAUUCCUUCGGGAUCGAGGAGGAAGAACGUCGGGUCGGAAUGCACAAAGUACUCGAAAGCGUUAAGGAUCAUACAGACGCUUGGCCGUUCAUCGAUCCUGUCGACGAAGAGUAUGCACCAAGGUAUUAUAGCGUGGUACGAAAGCCUAUGGAUCUCAGUACUAUGGAGGAAAAACUGGAAGGCGGCUCGUAUAAGAGUUUAAGUCAGUUUAAACGUGAUUUUCGGCUUAUCGUUGAUAACUGUAGGCAAUACAAUGGUUCAGAUAACGAAUAUACGGACAUGGCAAUUAAUCUUAAAGAAGCUUUCGACAAGGCUGUGAAUCGUUAUUUGGAAUCAGAGACGUCCAGCGAUGAAGAUCCUGCGUCUCCCCGUUCGUUAGCCGGAACGCCAACAUCUCCGUCUUACCAAUCACGCCUUUUAUCUUCCCUGCAUCACAACGCGCGCAAACGUUCGAAAAAAUCAACCAAAAAGUCCAAGACGUAUAAACCCGAAAGUAGAGCGAAGUCCAAGAGUGAAAAAGUGGACGAGGAUGAAAAAAGGAACAAAAGUAUUAAAGUAGCUAAGAAAAAAAGGGGGAAGAAAAAGGGUAAGAAAGUGAAAGAGGAAGAGUUGGACGAGGAUGAGGAGGAGGAACAGGAAGACCAAGAAAGCGAAGAUGCGGUAUCCGAGACCAGCAUCGCAACGUCAAAGAGAAGGAAAAACGUUGACGUAAACAGUUUACUUAAAACCAAAAAGCUAUCCUGUAAAGAAGCGGAAGAAUUAAAAACGCCUAAUAAAAAAGCGAGCAAAGAGCGACAUAAACCGAAGAAAGAUUCGGAGAUUGUGCGAUCUGCGAAAGAAACGAAGGAGAACAAAAAACGAAAGGAGGACUUCGAGGAGGAUUAUGAACCUCUAGUGAUCGUGAGGAGUAAAAGCAGGAAAAUAGAAAGGAAGGAACUUGAGGAAACUGGAAUACUGGCGGACAAAACGAAGAAGAACGCUAAAAAGAUCGAGGUGGAGGAAAGCGACGGGAUUUUCAAAGAGGAUAGAAAGCAAUCUUCGCACGUUAAAACGAAAAAGAGCCGUAAGAAGGAGAAGGCAAGCUUAAAGACUGCAGCAAAGGCUGAUGAGAAGUCUGACAAGAGUCAUACGAAGGAGAAGGAGAAGAAAUCAAAACAGAAGAACGAAGAACUGAAGAACGGAGAGUUAAAAAGCCAGGCGGAUUCCAAAGAUGUAGAAUUAGAAAGUGCUUUAGAUUCAAAGCAUACUCACGCCUCCACAAAACUCCUCGCAUUAAUCGGUAAUAAAGAUUUAGAGUCGCUUGAUAGUUUAAAGGAUAAGAUAAGUAAUAGGAGACGCGAGUUGAUAAACGAGAGGGAGAAGAAAAAGAAAACGGUAAAAAGCGACACUCACGGUGUCUUUUCAAAAAAAGUGCCUUCAAACGGUAGUACUUUUCAUGACAAUGACAAAGAUAGUGCAAAACGGUCAAAGUCAAAGAAAGGUACGAAGGAAGAUAAGAACACGGUUAACGACGACACUAUUAAGAAGCAGGAUUCGGAAAUUAAUGAAAAUAAGAAAGUCGCUCAAGUUAAACAUACCAAAGGGCUGGGAGCAGAAGAGAAUUCUCUAAGUCAAGCGUUAAAUCAAGCAACCGAGAAGACGCUUAAUGACAUCAGCAAAUGGCUCGAUGACCCGCUGAAACUUUCGGAGUUCUCUUCCGGCAGCGACUCGCCGAUGUCUCACACCCCCGUCGAGUCGUCCGGCCGUUCGAAGGUGGAGGCCGCGCGGAAGAGGCCGAGCUCCAUCAAGAUAUUCGGGCCGCACGGGCCGAGCCGGCCGAAGAAGAUACAACGGACGAUGAAUCGUUUGCAGCCCGGCAAGAGCAAGGGGAACUUACUUCUGAAGAAACCGCUCAACACGCCCAACGCCAACACCAACGACGCGGUCUACGCCGGCAGCGACAACGACCAGCCGUGCAAGGACAACGAGGAGGAGCCGAAGCUCAGCUUGGGCACCGUUCUCAAGAACGUCGAUUCCAUUCAGUUGAUCUGCAAGAGCCUGGUGUCGUCGCCCAACCCCAAUCUGUCGAACGACGACGAGGAGGAGGACCACCACCACCACGCGCGCACGCCGUCCCGAGCCUCGAGCGUGAAGGAGGAGAAAACGGGCGCCGCCACGGGGACGUCGGCCGUCCCCCCGGACGAGAGGGGGGAGCGGCCCGCGGAGGAGACGCAGAAGCCGAAGUCCGCCACGCCGAAUCUGAGCGCCUGGUUCAAGGCCUUCGGAGCGCCCAAGUCGAAGAAGAAGGACGAGGAGGCGGCGGCAGUGGCGGCGGAGGAGGCGGCGGCGAAGAAGGACGGCGACCUGCAGGAGGUGUUCUGCGGCAGGCAACGGCGGAUGAGCACCGGCGGCAGCAGCGUCAGCGAGUCCGUGUCGAGUUUCUCGCAGGAAUCGCCGCCGGCGUCGCGCGCCGUCCGCUCGCCCCAGAGCCAGCCGCAGGUGGUGGUGGUGGCGGCGGCGAGUAACGAGCCGCCGAUGAGGGGCGCCGGUUUCUACCAGGACGCCCUCUCCACCGGUAGCAGCCCGUACAACAGCCCGUUCUACGCGACACCGCCGAGGUACAGCGCGCAGCUGCCGCCUACCCCGUCGCCGCAGAACCACCCUCUUUCCCCGGCUUACCCGUCGUCCGCGACCUACGAGCAGCAGCAGCCGCCCCCUCCGUAUCCGCACGCCGCGCAGCCGGCCUAUCAGAAGUCCUCGCCGCGUGAGAACGAGACGUACCCGCAGAUGUCGCCUACGUUCCCGCAGCGCUCGCCCGGCGGCUUCCCUCCGCAGAACCCGUCGGCGCAGCAGAGCGGCGACUCUUACUCGCAGCAGCAGCCGCCGCCGGCCGGCAACCAGAAUCAGUCGCCCGUCUACUCGCAGCAGCCGAUACCGCCGGCCGUCUACCCGUCGCCGCAGCAGACCCAGCCGAGCGCGGCGGCGGUCGCGAAUUACUCCCAGCCCUCCCCGCAGCCGGUCGCGAAUUACUCGCAGUCCUCCCCGCAGCCGGUCGCGAAUUACUCGCAGGCCUCCCCGCAGCAGCAGCACUCCCCCUACUCGCAGCCCUCCCCGCAGGCGCCGAGCUACUCGCAGCCGUCGCCGCACUCCCCGCACUACGCGCAGUCCUCCUCGCCGCAGUCCUCCGCCGGCUAUUCGCAGCUGUCGCCGCAGCCACCGGCGAGUUACUCGCAGCCGUCGCCUCAGCCGCCCGGCGUCUACCCCCAGCCGUCGCCGCAGCCGCUCAACCCGUACCCGCAGACGUCGCCGCAGCCGCGCAACUACUCCCAGCCGUCGCCGAUCCAGAGCUACUCGCAGCACUCGCCGCAGCCGGCUUACUCGCAGUCCUCCUCGCCGCAGUCGCUGACCAAUUACUCGCAGCCGUCGCCGCAGCAGCCGAGCACGUACUCGCAUCCCCUGCACUCGCCGCAGACUCCGUCGAGCUACUCGCAGCUCUCGCCGCAGCAGACCCCGGCGGCGGCCAACUACUCGCAGUCGUCGUCGCCGCAGCGGAAGUCCAGCUGCCCGGCGGUCGUGCAGACUCCGCAGCAGUCGCCGAGUUACCAGCAACCCUCUCCGCAGCAGCCGCCGCCGUCGAAUUACUCGCAGCUGCAGUCCUCGAAGAGCAGCAGCUCGGAGGAGUAUUCGACGGGCGCGACGCCGGCGCCGAGCUACCCUCAGGGCUUCAAGCAGCAGAACGCCGCGUACGUUCAGCAGUCGCCGACGAGCGAAGCCGAGCACCGGCCGGAGUACCUCAAGUCGAGCGAGAAGCCCGCGACGACGGGCGAGCAGCAGAGGAACUUCCAGCCGGCGGAGUCGUCGUUGGGUCUGAACGCGAACCACCAGAUCUACCAGUCGCCGGCGGGCCAGUACCCGCCCCCCACGUACCCCAACAGCUUCCCCAACAUCGAGCUGCAGAGGUCCGCCUCGCGACACGGCUGUCCGGAUCAGCAGACGGCGGCGCAGCAGUCGGAGCGAGCGGCCGGCUUCGCCGAGAUCGGCGACGGGCUGAACGCGGCCAAGUACGCGCAGCCGCGCGCCUUCCUCGGCAAGACGUCCGGCGGCGAGCAGCUGGUGGCGCAGGACCAGCAGGCGCAGCUGCUGACCUUCCAACAGAACCUGUCGGCCCACGAGUCCCUCUACCAGAGCGGCUUCCAGCCGUCCGGCUACCCGCUGCCGAACUCGAGACCGGUCUACCCUAGUCCUCAUUACUUCGACGCCAAGUCCGCCGGCGGCGGCGCCAGCAGUCCGGCGGCGAGCGGCGGCGGCGGCAGCCUUCCGCCCGUGAAGAAGCGCGUGUACAACGAGCCGUCGUCCGGCGACUCCGGCGGCUCGCGUGCUCUGCCGCAGGAGACGACGCGCGCCGCCCAGGAGCAGUUCGGCUUCGAGCCGAUGAUGGCCCUGCCGGACGGCCAGUUCGACGCGACGUACGUCGGCAGCCUCGCCGACUCGGUGGCCUCCAAUCCGUCGGCGUACGCCCGGCUGAGCCUCGGCCUCGUCGGCCGGCCCGGCAAGGAGCAGCAGCAGCUGCUGACUAUCCCGCGGCCGCCCGCCGCCAAGCCGGAGCACCUCGGAGCGUACGGGCGCGGCGCCGCGCCCACCGCCGACCUCAAUCUGCUGCAGAGCCUGCAGAACGCAGCGGCGAAGAACAGCCAGGGCAUACUGGCGACGAUGUCGCGCCGGGCCGGCGAGAGCGCCGCCCCCGCCGCGACCUCGUCCAAGCCGAAGAAGAGCAGGAAGAGCAAGCAGGAGCAGCAGAACGCGGCGACCGCCGUGUCGGCGGCUGCGGCCACCGUCACCUCCACCGUCGAGCAGCAGCCCGGGAUACCCGCGUUCCCGCAGUACGCCGCCGCGUCCGCCGAGUCCAUCGGUCUGAAGAGCGCCGCUGCCGCGGCGGUGGUGCCGGCCGCCGGCAGUGCCUUCAACUUCGCCGCGUCCGCGAGCGCCAGCGGCGCCGCGCCGUUCUACGACAAGGACGCCACCGCCGCCGCGGCGUUCGCCUUCCUCGACGAGUUCCGCAAUCCGACCAGCUACUACAACAUGGCCCUGCGGCAGCAGCAGCAGCAGCAGCAGCAGCAGCAGCAACAGCAGCAGCAGCAGUCGGUGCCGCCGGUCACGGACGCCUCUCAGUCGGCCUGCAACAAGCUCGCCAACCAGCCGCCCAGGAACUACGCGCCGCACCCGUUUCUCCACUCGGCCGCCGCCGCCCAGAGGUCGGCGGCCUACGGGCCGCCGGUCUCCGCCUACGUGACGCCGCACGGGCCGAACCUCGCCAUGGAUCCGGCCGCUUACCAACAGUAUAUACAUUCUCUCUACGCCCUUCAGCCGCCGCCGCACCAUCACAGACCGUCUUGGCUUUAGCCAUACUUGGAGUCGUUGUG